AACUCAAAAUUGUGUAGCUCGAGACGCUUCUGGUAGGUUAGACAGAGGGUUGUGUACUCUCUUUCGCUAAGCCGGUUUUCAGUUGGAUCGGUUCGAAGUUAAGUGAAAAUAUUUAUUUAAAAAAUCAUAAAAAGAGCAUAAUUUGCAAUGGCUUUGACAUGCCUCAACGAGGAGACGCGCACCAAGUUGAAAGAAUCUCCAGUCUUGGUCGUUGGCGCUGGAGGGAUCGGCUGCGAGCUGCUCAAAAACCUAGUCAUGACCGGCUUCGAGAACAUCGAAAUCAUUGAUUUGGAUACGAUUGAAGUCAGCAAUUUGAACAGGCAAUUUCUGUUCCAAAAGCAGCAUGUUGGCCAGUCCAAGGCCAAAGUAGCAAAAGAAAGCGUACUGAGGUUUAACCCAGCGUCUAAAAUUGUCGCACACCAUGCGAGUGUUAUUGGCCCGGAAUACAAUGUCAAUUAUUUCAAGAGGUUCAAGCUUGUGCUCAAUGCCCUUGACAACCUAGCCGCUAGGGGGCAUGUGAACAGAAUGUGCUUGGCAGCGGGAGUACCGCUUGUUGAAUCAGGGACAGCAGGAUACUCAGGACAAGUGGAAAUCAUCAUUAAAGGGCUUACAAAAUGCUAUGAAUGCGAACCCAAGCCGCAGCCUAAGGUUUAUGCGAGUUGCACUAUAAGAAACACACCAUCGGAGCACAUCCACUGCACCAUUUGGGCAAAAUAUUUAUUUAAUCAAUUAUUCGGAGAAGAGGAUGCCGACGUGGAUGUCUCACCCGAUACAGUAACUGACCCGGAAAUCUCCGGGGAUCCGAACGCUGCAAUUAAAAAGCCCACAACGUCCACAAGAAACUGGGCAAAACAGAACGGCUAUGAGCCGGAAAAGAUCUUUUCAAAACUGUUCACUGAGGAUAUAAAAUACCUGCUCACGAUGGACAAGCUCUGGGAGAAACGGCGCAAGCCGGAGCCACUCGAGUGGGGCAACAUACCAGAGACGUCGAGCUCCUCACCUUCGUCGACGUCCGUAAUCAAAGACCAGAGGCAAUGGUCUCUAAAAGAGUGCGUCGAGGUGUUCUCAGACAACCUACUGAAGCUCAAAGAAAUCUCAGAGAAAUUAGAUCCGGGAAGUUAUCUUAUUUGGGACAAAGAUGAGGAAGUACAUAUGAACUUUGUGGCAUCUUGCGCCAACCUAAGAGCGCACGUAUUUCACAUCCCAAUGAAGACCAAAUUUGACAUCAAGUCCAUGGCGGGAAAUAUUAUUCCAGCAAUAGCUACAAGCAACGCUGUGAUUGCUGGCAUGGUUACUCACUACGCAUUAAAAAUCCUUGAAGGAAGGUUUCAGGAUUGUCCGAGUGUCUACCUAAGGCAGGGUGUGACUGCAAGGGGCAUGCAGAUAGUGCCUGAAAAGGGCCUCCAGCCGCCAAACCCAAAGUGCCGGGUGUGCGGUGAUACACCUCAGCUCACGCUUGUCACAAACUUGGCAAAGAUGACAUGCAAAGAGUUUGAGUCAUCCGUCCUUAAACGCAAGCUUAACAUGCCUGCCCCAGACGUCUGCCUUUACAAUAAGGUCAUAAUCUCAAGCGAUCCUGAAGAGACGGAGCAGAACAAUGAAAAAACCCUUAAGGAAAUGGGAGUGGCAGAUGGUGCAAUUUUAGAUGUUGAUGACUUCUUGCAAACAUAUUCCCUAAAAUUAAUUUUAACCCACAGAGAAAUGAAACCCGGCGAGCCGGACUUCUUCAUAGUCGGCGAUAUGUCUGAGUUAAAAAAAGAGAUCGAGAAAGCGUCUCAAGAAUACAAGAAGGUGACAAAUGGGAAAGACGAGGACAUGGAGAUCGUAGACGACAAAGAAUCGAGGAGCAAGAGGAAAUCGGAAACGAUCUCCGUUCCGGCUAAAAAGCGGAAAACGGAAGAUUCCCCUGAAUCUGACUCAGAUGAUGUUGUACCACUGUAGUGAUGAAACUUGAC